AUGGCUGAAGGUGUUUUCCAAGGUGCUAUCGGUAUCGAUUUGGGUACAACAUACUCUUGUGUUGCUACCUACGAAUCCUCUGUUGAAAUUAUUGCCAACGAGCAAGGUAACAGAGUCACCCCAUCUUUCGUUGCCUUCACCCCAGAGGAGAGAUUGAUCGGUGAUGCCGCCAAGAACCAAGCCGCUUUGAACCCAAAGAACACUGUCUUUGAUGCCAAGCGUUUGAUCGGUAGAGCCUUCGACGACGAGUCUGUCCAAUCCGACAUGAAGACCUGGCCAUUCAAGGUCAUCAACGUUGACGGUAACCCAGUUAUCGAAGUUGAGUACUUGGGUGAAACCAAGACUUUCUCCCCACAGGAAGUCUCCGCCAUGGUUUUGGGUAAGAUGAAGGAGAUUGCCGAAGCCAAGAUUGGUAAGAAGGUCGAAAAGGCUGUCAUCACUGUCCCAGCUUACUUUAACGACGCCCAGAGACAAGCUACCAAGGAUGCUGGUGCCAUUUCUGGUUUGAACGUUUUGAGAAUUAUCAACGAACCUACCGCCGCUGCUAUUGCCUACGGUUUGGGUGCUGGUAAGUCCGACAAGGAAAGACACGUCAUGAUUUUCGAUUUGGGUGGUGGUACUUUCGAUGUCUCUCUAUUGCAUAUUGCUGGUGGUGUUUACACUGUUAAGUCCACCUCCGGUAACACCCAUUUGGGUGGUCAAGAUUUCGACACCAACUUGUUGGAGCACUUCAAGACCGAAUUCAAGAAGAAGACUGGUUCCGACAUUUCCGGUGACGCCAGAGCUUUGAGAAGAUUGAGAACCGCCGCCGAAAGAGCGAAGAGAACUUUGUCUUCUGUCACUCAAACCACCGUUGAGGUCGACUCUUUGUUCGAUGGUGAAGACUUUGAAUCUUCUUUGACUAGAGCCAGAUUCGAAGACUUGAACGCUGCUUUGUUCAAAUCUACUUUGGAACCGGUUGAACAAGUCUUGAAGGACGCUAAGAUUUCCAAGUCUCAAAUUGACGAGGUUGUCUUGGUCGGUGGUUCCACCAGAAUUCCAAAGGUCCAAAAGCUAUUGUCUGACUUCUUCGACGGUAAGCAAUUGGAAAAAUCCAUUAACCCAGAUGAAGCCGUUGCUUACGGUGCCGCCGUUCAAGGUGCUAUCUUGACUGGUCAAUCCACUUCCGACGAAACCAAGGACUUGUUGUUGCUAGAUGUUGCUCCAUUGUCCCUAGGUGUUGGUAUGCAAGGUGACAUCUUCGGUAUUGUUGUGCCAAGAAACACCACUGUUCCAACCAUCAAGAGAAGAACUUUCACCACCGUCGGUGACAACCAAACCACUGUCACUUUCCCAGUUUACCAAGGUGAGCGUGUCAACUGUAAAGAGAACACUUUGCUUGGUGAGUUCGACUUGAAGAACAUCCCAAUGAUGCCAGCUGGUGAACCAGUCUUGGAAGCAAUCUUCGAAGUCGAUGCCAACGGUAUCUUGAAGGUCACUGCUGUCGAAAAGUCCACUGGUAAGUCCGCCAACAUUACCAUCUCCAACGCUGUUGGUAGAUUGUCCUCUGACGAAAUAGAGAAGAUGGUCAACCAAGCUGAAGAGUUCAAGGCCGCUGACGAAGCCUUCGCCAAGAAGCACGAAGCCAGACAAAGAUUGGAAUCCUACGUUUCCUCCAUCGAGCAAAACGUCACUGACCCAGUCCUAUCUGCCAAGAUGAAGAGAGGUGCCAAGAGCAAGAUCGAAGCCGCUUUGUCCGAUGCCAUGGCUGCUUUGAGUGUCGAAGACGCCUCCACCGACGAUUUGAGAAAGGCUGAAGUCGGCUUGAAGAGAGUUGUGACCAAGGCCAUGGCCACCCGUUAA